AUGCGAACUGUUCACAGUACAUGGCCAGUGAUUUUAGUGCCAUAUAAUUUUCCACCAUGGAUGUGCAUGAAACAAGAGUUCUUCAUUCUGUCCUUACUUAUUCCUGGACCAAAACCGCCUGGAAAUAAUAUUGAUGUCUUUUUGCAACCUCUAAUAGAAGAGUUAAAUGAAUUAUGGGAUGUUGGUGUAGGAACGUACGAUGCCUCUACUAAGGAGAUACUUCAAAUGCGAGCAGCUCUCAUGUGGACGAUAAAUGAUUUUCCAGCAUAUGGUACUCUCUCUGGAUGGUGCACUUAUGGUAGAUUUGCAUGCCCUUCUUGUAAUAUAAACACUCAAUCUAGAAGGCUCAAACAUGGCAGAAAGUUUUGUUACAUGGGGCAUCGUCGCUUCUUGAAGUCAGGAAACAAAUAUCGGAAUGAUGCAAAAUCAUUUGAUGGGACUAAAGAAACAAGAUCUGCACCUUGUCCAGUAAUUGGUUCAGUAGUGCUGAAUCAAGUUAAAGAUAUAAAAUUUACUCUUGGCCAGUCAAGUGAAGCGUCUAAAGACAACAUAGAGGCUCGAUUGGACUUGAAGGAGAUGAAAAUAAGACCAAGCUUUUGGCCUCAGUACCGAGCUAGUGGUAGAGCAUAUCUUCCUCCUACUUUUUUCACAAUGUCUCCGAUGGAAAAGGAGUUAUUUUAUGAAGUACUACAAAAUGCCAAGUUUCCAGAUGGCUAUGCGUCUAAUAUCUUAUGUUGCUUUCGCAAACGAAAGAUAUCUGGGCUAAAAACUCAUGAUUGUCAUGUUUUAAUCAAGAACUUCUUCCUCUUACCUUGCGGAGAUCGCAAAGAGAUAAAACUAGAAGAGUUAAAGUUACUUGAAGAAAAAAUUCCAGAAACAUUGUCUACUAUGGAGAAACUCUUCCUCCCAGGAUUCUUUACUAUUAUGACACACUUGGUAAUUCACUUGGCAAUUGAGGCUAAACACGCGGGGAUAGUAAAUUAUCACUGGAUGUACCCAAUUGAGAGGUUUUUGGGUACUUUAAAAUCAUAUGUUCGUAAUCGUGCAUAUCCAGAAGGUUCAAUAGCAGAAGCAUACAUAGAAAAUGAGUGUAUGGCAUUUUGCUCACGAUAUUUGGAGGGUGGAGAUUCAAGGUCUUAUUGUUCAAGAAAAUGCAGUGAUGAGAUUGAGCAUGAGACUAGUAAAGAAGAAUGUCUUUUUCGUACUGUUGGGAAGUCGUACGGUGGAGUAGAUGUAUUUGAGUUGGAUGAGAAAACAUGGUUGCAAGCACAUCGUCAUGUGCUUUUCAAUUGCGAGUCAGAAGUCGUCGAGAAUUAUAAAAAGGAAAAUAUUGCUGAAAUCAAAAGAGCACAUCGUAAGCGUCGUUUGACACAACAUCAACUUGACCGUGUGCAUUUCGGUACAUUCCAUGAGUGGUUCAAAGAGCAAGUAAAGGAGUUGGAAGCUACAUCUAACAUCUUAAAGGAUGUUAAAGUCCUUGCACGAGGGUCGAGUUACAUUGAAAAAAGAUUUAGUGUAUUGAAUGAUAUUGUGGAGUUAAACUACUAUGAAAAAUUUAAGGUUAUCUUAUUUAAGUGUGAUUGGGUUGAUGUAACCAAAGGUAGAGGAAUUAAGGAAGACGACUUGGGUUUCACACUUGUGAAUUUCUCACACCUGACAGACUCUGGCGAUCGAGAACGUCAUGAGCCCUUUAUUUUUACAGAACAAGCUCAACAAGUAAUAUUUGUGCAAGAUCCUCAAUAUCAUGAAUGGUUUGUCCCUAGGUUAAUUAAACCUCGAGACAUUUUUAAUAUUGAGUCAUCAACGCAAAGUGAUGCCACUGACUUAGCUCUUUUAGAAAAUGCUCGUGUUCUAGAAGAUGAGUAUAAUGAUUGGGUAAGAAGUGGUAUCGAUGGAAUAGUAAUUGAUACAAACGUACAUUCUCAAGCUUCUCUAAAUGAUGGUGAAGUUAAUGUUGAGGGAGGAAAUGACAUAUAA